CGACAUAAAACACGAGAAUAAACAAGAGCUGCUGCCAGUUUAAACACUCAGAUGUUCAUCAUGAGAGAGCAGGUGGAUGUGAUCUGCUGUAAAUCAGUAGGAACUGAUCUGUCCAUGCUGGAUAUUGAUGAUUUCAUCACAGAAAUCUCUCAGCUGAAGAAAGAGGUGACGUCACUGAAGACAAAACUGAUGGAGAGAGACGACAGGUUACAGGAGCUGGAAAAGGUUUCCUGUCAAUCUUCAGUGUGUGUGACUGAUGGGACCUCCACAGAAUGUCAGGAUUCAGUGUGGAGCGGCAGAGAUCAGUCCACACCACAGCGACUGCUGGACAAACUCUCUGAACAGAGAUCCAGAGACACACAGGACUCACAGCUCACUUUACUCUGUUCUACUGAUGGUAAUCAGGGUGAUCAAACCUCCACAGAGUCUCUGACUUCUGUCUGUAACACUGAAGAACAACAGAUGCUGCAGAUACCAGUGAAGAUUGAAGUGAAACUGGAGGAGAUAAAAGAAGAAAACACAGAAGAGGAAAAACAUAGAGAGGAUGUUGAUUUUAUUCCUUCAGAAAUCUCUCAGCUGAAGAAAGAGGUGACGUCACUGAAGACAAAACUGAUGGAGAGAGAGGACAGGUUACAGGAGCUGGAAAAGGUUUCCUGUCAAUCUUCAGUGUGUGUGACUGAUGGGACCUCCACAGAAUGUCAGGAUUCAGUGUGGAGCGGCAGAGAUCAGUCCACACCACAGCGACUGCUGGACAAACUCUCUGAACAGAGAUCCAGAGACACACAGGACUCACAGCUCACUUUACUCUGUUCUACUGAUGGUAAUCAGGGUGAUCAAACCUCCACAGAGUCUCUGACUUCUGUCUGUAACACUGGAGAACAGCACCAGACACCAGUGAAGAUGUGUUCAGUGAAGCUGCUGGACUGCAGGAACCUGAUGAAAAUGAGAGGAGAAACCACAGCAGAGGAACAACAGAGUGAUGAAGAUGAUGAUGAUGAUCAAACCUCCACAGAGUCUCUGACUUCUGUCUGUAACGCUGGAGAAGAGCAGAUGCUGCAGACACCAGUGAAGAUUGAAGUGAAGCAGGAGAAGAUAAAAGAAGAAAUCACAGCAGACGAACAACAGAGAGAUGAAGAUGAUUUUAUUUCUUCAGAGCUGAUGGAAGUGAAAGAGGAACAUCAAGAGCUGAAUGAAGUGGAGGAGAGACUUCAGUAUCAGAAACAUGAUUUAAUAACUGUUGAAGAAUCUUUGAGUUGCUCAAAGACUAGAAUGAUUUUCUCACUAAAAAAGCCUCAAAGAGCAGCCACAUUUUUUUUCACCUGCUCUCCGUGUGGAAAGAGUUUCACAUGUAAAAGCCAGCUUAAUAAACACAUGAGAGUUCAUACUGGAGAGAAGUCUUACACGUGGCAUCAGUGUGGGAAAAGUUUAGCAGAUGCAGACCAUCUCAAAGAUAAUCUCUGCUGUCACUCUGGAGAAAGAUCAUUUGAAUGUGAUAUAUGUGGUAAAACAUUCAUUUUGGAUUCAUGCCUAAAGCGACAUCUGAAAGUGCACUUAAAAGAGAAGCCUUACAAGUGUUCUAUUUGUGGAAAGAGUUUUCCAUACCUGUCCUAUUUUAAAGAGCAUCAGAAAGUACAUACCGGUGUGAGGGCUCACAUGUGCUUUGAAUGUGGGAAGACCUUUACAACAGCCAUCCACUUAAAUCGGCACCAAAGAAUUCAUACUGGAGAAAAACCUUACAAGUGCUCACACUGUGGAAAGAGUUUCAAUCUGUCACAAAACCUGAAAACUCAUGAGAGAAUCCAUACUGGAGAAAAACCUUACAAGUGCUCACACUGUGGAAAGGGUUUCGCUCGGUCACAAUGCCUGAAACGACAUGAGAGAAUUCAUACUGGAGAAAAACCAUACACGUGCUCACACUGUGGAAAGAGUUUUAACCAAUCUGCUCAUCUGCAGCAACAUGUAAAAAAGUAUUGCCCAAGUAGUCACAUGCACAAUAGGUGGCGGUAUGUGCUGCUUUAUGGCACAAAACCGCCAGUUAAGGCAAAGAAGAAUUUGAGCGCUCAGUCGAUGUUCAUCAUGAGAGAGCAGGUGGAUGUGAUCUGCUGUAAAUCAGUAGGAACUGAUCUGUCCAUGCUGGAUAUUGAUGAUUUCAUCACAGAAAUCUCUCAGCUGAAGAAAGAGGUGACGUCACUGAAAGUAAAGCUGAAGGAGACAGAAUUUGUUUCACCCUGCACCUGUUUUGAGCGAGUUAAAGUUGAGAUUGAGCUGGAAAAGGUUUCCUGUCAAUCUUCAGUGUCUGUGAUUGAUGGGACCUCCACAGAAUGUCAGGAUUCAGUGUGGAGCGGCAGAGAUCAGUCCACACCACAGCGACUGCUGGACAAACUCUCUGAACAGAGAUCCAGAGACACACAGGACUCACAGCUCACUUUACUCUGUUCUACUGAUGGUAAUCAGGGUGAUCAAACCUCCACAGAGUCUCUGACUUCUGUCUGUAACACUGGAGAACAGCAGAUGCUGCAGACACCAGUGAAGAUUGAAGUGAAGCAAGAGGAGAUAAAAGAAGAAAUCACAGCAGAGGAACAACAGAGAGAUGAGGAUGAUCAAACCUCCACAGAGUCUCUGAAUUCUGUCUGUAACGCUGGAAAACAGCAGAUGCUGCAGAUACCAGUGAAUACUGAAGUGAAGCUGGUGGAGAUAAAAGAAGAAAACACACUAGAGGAACAACAGAUUGAUGAAGAUGUUGAUUUGUUUCCUUCAAAGCUGAUGGAAGUGAAAGAGGAACAUCAAAAACUGAAUGAUGUGGAGGAAAAACUUCAGUAUCAGAAACAUCAUGAUUUUACAACUUCACAUAAAAAGUCUUUGAGUUUCUCAAAGACUAAGAAAAAAUUAACUCUAAAAAAGCCACAAAGAAGAGCAGCCAAGAAAUCUUCCACUUGUUCUCAGUGUGGAAAAAGUUUCGCAUAUAAAAGCCAGCUUAAUGUACACAUGAGAGUUCACAUUGGAGAGAAAAUUUACAUGUGCCAUCAGUGUGGAAAAAGUUUCAGAAGUAAAGGAAACCUUAAUUCACACAUGAGAGUUCACACAGGAGAGAGGCCUUACACGUGCCAUCAAUGUGGUAAAAGUUUUGCAUAUGCAGGCCAUCUCAAGAAUCAUUUCUGUUGUCACUCCGGAGAAAGACCAUUUGAAUGUGAUGAGUGUGGUAAAACAUUUGUGUUGGAUACAGGCCUAAAACAACAUCUGAAUACACAUGCAAAUGAGAAGCCUUAUAAGUGUUCAUUUUGUGAAAGUAGUUUUGCACGCCUGUCCCAUUUUAAAGAGCAUCAGGAAAUAGAUAUCUGUGCCGGGGCCCAUAUGUGCUUUGAAUGUGGGAAGACCUUUAUGAAAGUCAACAACUUGAAACGGCACCAAAAAAUUCAUGCUGGACUGAAACCUUACAAGUGCUCACACUGUGGAAAGAGUUUCGCUCAGUCAGAACGCUUGAAAACACACGAGAGAAUCCAUACUGGAGAAAAACCUUACAAGUGCUCACACUGUGGAAAGAGUUUCAUUCAGUCACAAGACCUGAAAAAACACGAGAGAGUUCAUACUGGAGAAAAACCUUACAAGUGCUCACACUGUGGAAAGAGUUUCAUUCAGUCACAAGACCUGAAAAAACACGAGAGAAUUCAUACUGGAGAGAAACCUUACAAGUGCUCACACUGUGGAAAGAGUUUCACUCAGUCAGAACACCUGAAAACACAUGAGAGAAUCCAUACUGGAGAGAAACCUUACAAGUGCUCACACUGUGAAAAGAGUUUCAAUCACUCAGAAAACCUGAAAACACACGAGAGAAUCCAUACUGGAGAAAAACCUUACAAGUGCUCACACUGUGAAAAGAGUUUCAAUCAGUCAGAAAACCUUAAAACACAUGAGAGAAUCCAUACUGGAGAAAAACCUCAUAAGUGCUCACACUGUAAAAAGAGUUUCAAUCAGUCACAAAACCUGAAAACACACGAGAGAAUUCAUACUGGAGAAAAACCUCACAAGUGCUCACACUGUGAAAAGAGUUUCAGUCAGUCACAAAACCUGAAAACACAUGAGAGAAUUCAUACAGGAGAAAAACCUUACAAGUGCUCACACUGUGAAAAGAGUUUCACUCGGUCGCAAAGCUUGAAAACACAUGAGAGAAUUCAUACUGGAGAAAAAAGUGCACAUACUGUGAAAAGAGUUUCAGUCUCUCAGAAUACCUGAAAAUGCACAAGAGAAUCCAUACUGGAGAGAAAUGUGUGGGAUUGCAAAUUUAAGUGUCUAUAAGAUCAGGUAGUCCAAUGUCUUUCAUGUAACAUCACAUGAAAGACUCAAGUGAUUCACAUUGUAUUGGGCUUUCAAGGUUUUUGGUAUUGUGAUUCUUGGAGAUCAUCUAUCAAUGGCUGCAUCCUGUUAGUGUAUGUGAAUGAAGACAUGUUUCUCAUGCUAACUAGGUCUAUCCCCUUUUUGUCUCUUGAUGGCUCAGUCAUCAUUGUUUAUGUUUCAGUUACUUUCUGAGGUGAAUGCAAUGCCAAGGUGUGAAUGUCUCUCAAGCCAUUUGGACGAUACAAUUUUGUUAAUUAGAUUAGGGCUGGUUGAAUUCAGAGUCUUCGCCCAUUGGAUAUUUUGUUUAACCUUGAAACCUUUGUCGACAUCUGGAAGUACUGCCGCCUGAAUGCCUAUGAAAUACAAUGUAUGCCUCUCUAAGUCAGACUUGAUGACUGCAGCGAAAGACAGCACGUUCGGAGAUGUAGACUGAUGCUCUUGGUCUUCUGCAAUAAAGAAUACUGCUGAAGAUUUAUCCAAGUCUCCUGGUUUUCUCUGCUGUUCUUCAUGUGGGAAAAGUUUCAGCACAGCAAGUACUCUACAGAAACAUUUAAAAAAGAAUUGCCCAAGUAGUCACAGUGAGCAAAAAUCAUCUUAAGUUCUAACAAGA